AUGUCCUCUCAAGCAUUCUCUCCAGUUCAUCCAAAUGCGGCAACAUCGGAUGUGAAUAUUACUAUUGACACUUUUGUCGCUAAAUUGAAGAGAAGACAAGUACAAGGUUCGUAUGCCAUUGCCUUGGAGACUUUACAGCUAUUAAUGAGAUUCAUUUCAGCAGCUCGUUGGAACCACGUCAAUGAGCUUAUUGAGCAAAUCAGAGAUUUAGGUAACAAGUUAGAAAAGGCUCAUCCCACCGCUUUCAGUUGUGGCAACGUCGUCAGAAGAAUAUUAGCUGUUUUGAGAGAUGAAAUAGAGGAAGUUAGCAUGAGUACGACCGUCACAUCUACAACCGUUGCCGAACCUUUAAUUUCCUCCAUGUUUAAUUUAUUGCAGAAACCCGAGCAACCUCAUCAGAAUGGGAAGAAUAGUUCUAGCAUGAGAACCAAAACUGAUUACCGUCAAGUGGCCAUUCAGGGUAUCAAAGAUCUUAUAGAUGAAAUCAAAAAUAUCGACGAAGGUAUCCAACAGAUCGCUAUCGAUUUGAUUCACGAUCAUGAAAUUUUGUUAACACCUACCCCUGACUCCAAAACCGUGCUAAAAUUUCUGAUCACUGCACGGGAACGCAGUAAUAGAACUUUUACAGUUCUAGUCACAGAGGGAUUCCCCAACAACACGAAGAAUGCGCAUGAAUUUGCGAAAAAAUUAGCACAGCAUAACAUAGAAACCUUAGUAGUUCCCGAUUCUGCAGUUUUUGCGCUAAUGUCCCGUGUGGGCAAGGUUAUUAUUGGUACUAAAGCUGUAUUUGUCAACGGAGGUACCAUCUCAUCGAAUUCGGGUGUUUCAAGCGUUUGUGAAUGCGCGAGGGAAUUCAGAACACCAGUCUUUGCUGUUGCGGGUUUGUAUAAAUUGUCUCCCUUGUACCCAUUUGAUGUAGAGAAGUUUGUUGAAUUUGGUGGGUCGCAGCGUACACUGCCUCGAAUGGAUCCAAGAAAAAGGCUAGACACUGUUAAUCAAAUUACCGAUUAUGUUCCCCCUGAAAACAUUGAUAUCUACAUUACAAAUGUCGGUGGGUUCAAUCCAAGUUUCAUAUAUCGUAUUGCAUGGGAUAAUUAUAAGCAAGCUGAUGUGCAUUUGGAUAAGAAGAAGGUAUAA